UACUUUCCCCUCAGUUGGCCCUUGGAGUUUCAAACUUGCUUUCAGUGCAGUGAUCUAGAAUAUUACCUUCCAGACAUUUUUGCUGAAAAUGGUUGUCAAAGCCGUAUGCUGCUUGAUAGGAGAGGUUAAAGGAACCAUCCACUUCACUCAGGAGGGAGAUGGCAAACCUUGCCAUGUCUCAGGAGAAGUCACAGGUCUCACUGAAGGAAAGCAUGGCUUCCAUAUCCACCAGUAUGGAGACAAUACCAAUGGCUGCACCAGUGCUGGAUCUCACUUCAAUCCCUUCAACAAGAAUCAUGGAGGACCUGAGGAUGCCGAAAGACAUGUUGGUGAUCUGGGUAACAUAGUUGCUGGAAAAGAUGGAGUUGCCAAAGUUGACAUGAUGGACAAACAAGUCACUCUCCUUGGGGAGCACUCUGUUGUGGGACGAUCUGUUGUGGUACAUGUGGGUGAGGAUGAUCUUGGCAAAGGUGGCCAUGAUGACAGUCUUACAACAGGCCAUGCAGGUGGUCGUCUUGCAUGUGGUGUCAUCGGCAUCUGCCCUGUCUGAUUCAGCUACCCGGAUCUAUUCCCAAUAAAAUAGUAACAGAAAGUAAUCUACAUCAGAUUUGUAAAUUGUGUUAUAGUUAAUCUACAUGCAUUUGAAUCUGACAGUGUUCGACAUUGUCACCAUGGCAGCAUGUCUUGUUCAGGUGUACUGGUUUCUGUUUUAAAGUAAUAAAAGAAAAUCUGAACCAUA